UUUUCUAGUAUGAUCUUACCACCACCAAACAUCACUGGCAACCUUCAUCUUGGGCAUGCACUAACAGUCACUCUGGAGGAUACGAUGUGCCGCUAUCGCCGCCUUCUUGGACAGCAGGUACGCUUCAAUUUUUUGAGCAUCUUGCAUUUUUUCGACGUAUCAGCAACGAAAAUCCAAAUUUUUCGAUAGUAUCCUGGUGUCCAGGAUUCGACCAUGCAGGCAUCGCUACACAAGUUGUUGUCGAAAGAAUGUUGUGGAAUGAAAAAAAUUUACGGAGAUAUCAGAUUACGCGACAAGAAUUUCUGGAUUUGUGUGAACAGUGGAAGCAUAAGUAGGCUUGCUUUUAUUUGUAAAUUUUCUGAAGCUGCGACUACGGCGUUCUGCGAGCUACAUUCACAGCGUCUCAUUUUCAACGAUUUGCGCAUGGUCAAUUGGUGUCCAACAUUGCAAAGUGCAAUUUCGGAUCAGGAAGUGGAUAUCGUGGAUGUUGGGAAAAUGGGAUCAUUCGAAAUUUCGACUGCCGAAUCAAAGAAAAAAUGUAUUGAAGUUGGCAUUAUGCAUCGGAUUCGUUAUGAACUCGUGAAUACAGGCAGCAUGUCGGAGAUGGAUUAUUUGGAGGUGGCGACAACACGCCCCGAAACAGUAUUUGCUGAUUGCGCCUUAGCUGUUCAUCCAGAUGAUGAGCGAUAUGUAAAAUACAUUGGGCGCCUUGUUCGUCAUCCUUUGCUUCCGGAUCGAACGCUUCCGGUAUUGGCUGCUACAGAUGUGAAGGCUGGUAAAGGCACAGGUUGGGCCAUCAAGAUCUCAGUUUGUAAUGAUUCAUCAAGAUCUUAG